CCGGGCGCCCACGGUCACUUGGCGCGGGCUGCACCCGCUAGCCUUGCAGGUAAGCACGGGUCGGUGGACUCCGGUUGGGGGCUCCCGGGACGUCACACUCCGGUCCCGGCCGGCGUGGCGAGCGCAGGUAUCCUGCGGGCCCCGCCCCAGGUUCUUUCCCAGUUCCUGCCGCACUGGCCGCAGGCUGGGGAGGUGGCUCUGCAGUACCAGGGCUGGGCAUUCCCUUUGGGGGCUGCGGGAUGCCGGGCGAGCGAGCCCACCGGCACUGCUAUCGGCAUCCAGAGCCGCAGGGAGGUCAGAGACUCGGCCUUGCAAAGACAUGCAAUCGAUUAAGAGUUUCCAUUAAUGAGACGGUGUGGAGGGCGAGUUUGGGUUUCCAUAGGCCAUUUGGCAAACUUUCCUCUGUCUCUGAUUUUCAAUAUUUUUAACACAAAAUAGGAUUUUUAAAAAAUUGGCUAUAAAGCGGGGGGGGGGGGGGACGACUAAAGAAUUCCGCCAUUUUGACGUUUUUAAAAAAGUAACUCUUCUGCAGAGCAAAUGGAUUCAGUGACCGCCCCGCCCGCAACUGUCUGCGUUAGUCGAGGGAGGCGGGUGGUGGGUUUGGACACUCCAACCGCGCAUUCCACUCGCUAGCGUCUACGUUGCAGCUUCGGCAGGGACGAGCUGGGGGAACCCCCUCCAAGUUUUCUGUGUGCCUCCAGAACUAUCUCCCUUCUUUCCAACACCUACCACCAGGACAUUUAUUGGGUAUCUGCUGUAUCCAAGGCCUCAAAGGGCUCUGGGUGGAGUGUGUAAAAAGCCUGGCAGACAAUAUGGAUACGUUCAAAAAUUGUUUAUUGAGCGCUUGCUAUGUGCAACUACUCUCGUUUUAAGUAGGAUUUCCUGGAAACACAGAUUUAAGUGUAGGUUUAUGGGCAUAACCCUGUGAAGCCAACAAGAUGGAACAGAGAUGGUGAAAUGCUGAUGUAGUCUCAACAGAGCUUCAGCCUGUGGAGCAGGAACCCCUAAACUUGAGAUGGCCCUGCAGAGAUGCCUCAAAUGAAGGUAAAGGGACGGGGCUUUGAUAGGCCUCAACCAACUGAUCAUCUAUAGCUGUCUUAGGGAGAGAACAUUUGAAUGAGAGUUCCCCUGGCAAGGCUGCUAUCUGACAAUUGUCUCCGUGAGUCUCCGGAAGGGGCCUCUUUUGACGCUGCUCCCAGCUCGCUGUGAGCUUUCCUCACACUGGCACUGGAUCUCCUCUGCCCUCCCAACCUGUGAUUGUUCUGGUGCUCCAAGGCUUCCCUCUUUUCUCUGCAUUCCCUUCUAUGUCUUAAACACCAUCUGUGUGCAACAACUUUCAAAUGUGUCUCCAGCUCCAGCCUCAUCCCUUAAAGUAUAAGGCUCAUGAGAACCCUGUGUCUCAGUAGCACCACUAUCCCCAAAGCAUAAAGCAGUGUUGGCCCUUCACUGGCUCUCCAGGACAUGCUGAGACCAGACAGCAAAGUCCUGUCAGAACGACCAUCUUCAGCUGCUUCUCUGAGACACCUGCUAGAGGGAACUGGUUUUUUGUUUUUUUUUUUAAAGACUUCUUUGAAUAAACAGCUUCUCUUCAUAAUUGUCAGUAUUUUAAAUAGAAUAUUUAUUCUGUUUAAAAUAGCUAAAAGUGGCGCAGAGGCAGAGAGAGAUGGCGCAGGGUUAAGAGCACCUGUUGCUCUAGUAGAGGACCCAGGUUCAAUUCCCAGCAACCACAUGGUCUCUGACAACCAUCUGGAGCUCCGGUUUCAGGAGGAUCAGAAGCCCUCUUCUGGCCUCAGCAGGAAGGAAACUCUUGGAAAUAAAUGAAUGCACAAGAACAGCAAGAGAGAAAGGGAGGGUGGGCACAAGACAGCAGCCAUUGCAACUUGACUUUGCAAGUAGGCAGUGCCCAUGGUAUUGUCUAGAAGCUGCCAAACUCCCUGGAGUUUCUCUCUAAAGGGAGAGGAUUGCUAUCUGUCGAAGGCCUGCUGCUAUCAGUACUUCACAGCCAGCAUUCACCAAAGCCCCUUCAGACUCAUCUGGAUGGAGGGACACACGGAAAUGGAGAUGCUAAGGACACUGAAGGGAUCUUCCACAGGGGAGGUCAAUGUGCACCUGAUGGCCAGAGACAGCGCAGGUUCCCGUCCUCACCUGCCUGCAACUGCCUUUAUUAUUCCUACCAGUGCAACUACCCUUAGUCUGCCCAGCCCAGCUUCAGUUGUGUCCUAUCCCCGAGAGCCAGUCCGUGUAGGUGCCCUGGAGCGAGUGACUAGCAGCGAACCAGUUACUGCCACCAUUCUGCCACAGCUAAGCACCGGGCCAGGAACCAAUAGCACAGUCAGGCUCCUGGAUUGGACAGGGGUUUGCACACCUUCAGCUGGGAGUGGCCUACGGUUCCAAAUAAGCGAAUAUGCGCCAUUGAAUAUGAUGGGAGUACAGCCACCGCCAAGCCCGGAACGGCAGCGAGAAAGCCUGGUUGGACAUGAAGGUAGUUCUACAGGAAGCGAUACGGGCACCCAGUAUCCUGAUGUCCGCCAGGACCCUCAAGAAGACACCUCUCAGGAACCCCCAGAAGACACGAGCUCCUGUGAGUGCCAGACUUUUGGGCCUCAACAAAGCACUGCCUCAGACCUCGAUUCUUCAGGUGACCGCUGCCCUCCGCCUUUCCAGAAGCGGUCAGUCAUAGUAGAGAACUCGGGCUGUACUGUUGCUUCUGAGCUCCUAAAGCCCAUGAAGAAGAGGAAACAUAGGGAGUACCAGAGCCCAUCAGAGGAGUCAGAAACAGAGGCCAUGAAGCAAGAAGAAGGAAAAGAUCCAGAGAAUCAGCCUACCACCAGCACCCCAGAGAGCGAAGAGUGGAGCCAAGGCCAGCUGGUGUCGGAAGAGAAGAAGGAAGGCUGGUCCUGGGAGUCCUACCUGGAGGAGCAGAAGGCUGUCACUGCCCCAGUCAGCCUCUUCCAGGAUUCCCAGGCAGUCACCCAUAACAAGAAUGGCUUCAAACUGGGCAUGAAGCUGGAAGGCAUUGACCCUCAACACCCGUCCAUGUACUUCAUCCUCACCGUGGCAGAGGUGUGCGGCUACCGCCUGCGCCUGCACUUUGAUGGGUAUUCUGAAUGCCAUGACUUCUGGAUCAAUGCCAACUCCCCUGACAUUCAUCCUGCUGGUUGGUUUGAGAAGACUGGGCACAAGCUGCAGCCUCCCAAGGGUUACAAGGCAGAAGAGUUCAGCUGGAGCCAGUACCUGCGCAGUACACGAGCUCAGGCAGCUCCCAAGCACCUGUUUGUAAGCCAGAGCCAGAGUUCUUCCCCAGUGGGCUUCCAGGUGGGCAUGAAGCUGGAGGCUGUGGACCGCAUGAACCCAUCCCUCGUCUGUGUGGCCAGUGUGACCGAUGUGGUAGAUGGCCGCUUCCUGGUGCACUUUGACAACUGGGAUGAUACUUAUGACUACUGGUGUGAUCCCAGCAGUCCCUACAUCCACCCAGUAGGCUGGUGCCAGAAGCAUGGAAAGCCGCUCACCCCUCCACAAGACUAUCCAGACCCUGAUAGCUUCUGCUGGGAGAAAUAUCUAGAAGAAACUGGGACCUCAGCUGUGCCCACUUGGGCCUUCAAAGUGAGACCCCCUCACAGCUUCCUGGUCAACAUGAAGCUGGAGGCUGUGGACCGCCGGAACCCAGCACUGAUUCGGGUAGCCAGCGUGGAAGAUGUGGAGGACCAUCGGAUAAAGCUCCACUUUGAUGGCUGGAGUCACAACUAUGACUUCUGGAUCGACGCCGACCACCCGGACAUCCACCCUGCAGGCUGGUGCUCCAAGACAGGACAUCCCCUGGAGCCCCCUCUCCGGCCCAGAGAAUCCAGUUCUGCCUCGCCUGGGAGCUGCCCCACGCUCAGCCACAGGAGCCCGCCCCACACAAAGCCCUCCAAAUACAGCUUUCACCAGCGGAAGUGCCCCACUCCUGGCUGUGAUGGCUCUGGCCACGUUACAGGCAAGUUCACGGCUCACCACUGCCUCUCUGGCUGCCCACUGGCCGAGAGGAACCAGAGUCGGCUGAAAGCAGAGCUGUCCGACUCGGAAACGGCAGCCAGGAAGAAGAACCUGUCUAAUUUGUCCCCAAGGAAGAAGCCCCGCCAACAUGGCCGGAUUGGACGUCCUCCAAAGUAUCGCAAGAGUCCGCAAGAAGAUUUCCAAGCCCUUCCUCCCAGUGUGGUGCACCAGUCCCUCUUCAUGUCCACCUUGGCCACCCACCCCGAUCGCUCAUUCUCUCUGUGCUGGGAGCAGCACUGCAAGCUCCUGCCAGGAGUGGCAGGUAUCUCAGCCUCCACGGUCUCCAAGUGGACCAUUGAAGAGGUCUUUGGCUUCGUUCUGACCUUGACGGGCUCUGAGGACCAAGCACGCCUCUUCAAAGAUGAGAUGAUUGACGGCGAGGCCUUCCUUUUGCUGACACAGGCGGACAUUGUGAAGAUCAUGAGUGUCAAGCUGGGCCCAGCCUUGAAGAUCUAUAACGCCAUUCUCAUGUUCAAAAACACUGAUGACACCUUUAAGUGACUGGCCAGGUGGGACCUCCUCCCGCCCUUGCCAGGCUCUCUCCUCAGUCGGUGCUCCUUUCCUGCACCCCUGUCCUCACGGUCUGACUAGGGCUGGCCCUUCCCAGAGGGUGUUUGGGAGCAGACGAGCCCGGACAAGGGAGUCUUGGCCCUCGGUCCUGGAGUCCAUUUGUCUCCAGGUUGCUCCAGUGAUGGCGUGACUAACUGAGGCCUGACUGAUAGAAAGGAAUGCAGGUAUCCUGGCUGGGGCAGCCUGCAUCUUCAGUCACCUUGGUUAUUGUCUUAGGAAUUAGGAGGAGCUGGGUCCAGUAGGCAUCCUCUACUCAGACCUGUGUCCUUUUUUGGAAUCUCUGUGUUUUAUUCUCCUUUGCUUCUCUCCUCCUUCUAAGAAAUGACCAUAACUUCAGCAUUCAUAUUUAUACAUAAAAGGUGCCUCCUCCUUUUCUACUGAUGGCUGCAUACCCUUCCUCUGCUGCCUGGUUCCUGGGCAGCACCUAUCAUGGUCCAUCCAGACCCCAUGGCUCUUCUCCUGUAGAUGUGUAAGUCUCAGAAAUAUGGGAGCUUCCCAUUGGGAGCCCCUGGCUGUCUUUCCCCUUUGCCUCUAGGCAGAGAUCCAGAGCCAAGGCACCUUCCUGGACAUGUUCCGUUGAUGACCACUCAGUCUUGGAGUGGCCACUUCCAGGGCUUGAUUCCAGCAGAGUGAACAGAUGGAUGGAGCCCAUGUUAAAACAAAUGGGGCUCGUGUCCCCUGAUGCUGCCUAGACACCAGCAGGUGCAGUCUGCUGACUGUGGGGAAGAUGCUGGUAGGCAGUGCCGACUAGGAUGCCAGACACAUUGGAGUCAUUGGCCUGAAGGGUAUCUCUAGACAGCAAGGUGGCAGCAACAUCUUGUCUGUGUCUGUGGAUCUCAGCCAAGACAUUACACAAGAGAGAGAGGCCCCUGCCAGUCCAGCCUCCUGGCCAGAGAGUGCAGCACUGUCUAGCACACAACCCCUGUGACAUCACAUUCACUCUGUCCCUUAAACAUUUCUCAUUUUGCUCUUGAGUCUAACAAAGGCCACUUACAGUAGAGAGUUGGAAAGGUUUCCCUCUCCAGUCUUUGAACUCUCUGAUCACUUGCGCCCUUCUUGCCACUCUCUAACUGCCUCUCACUGCCAGCUGGGUCCCUGCUGGGACUCGGGGACUUGGACCUUUCUGUCCAAGUGGAAAUUCAGUCUCCACUCAAUUACUGCCAAACUCGCCUCCCCGCCUAUGUGGGGAGCACCAGAGCCCAGCAGGAGUCACCCUACCCAUAGGUAGAAGCCAGUACCAAGCUUCAUCUGGUGCCGAGGUGGUCCUGCAGGCUGAAGAGCAGGGUCAUCCCCCAGUGCAGUACACUUGUAAGUCAUGUGUGUGUGUGUAUGUGUGUGUGUGUACACAUACAUGUUGGUCACUCAACAGUUUCUGUCAGGUAUAGGUGUUAGGUGCGGUGUUGGGAAUAUUAAGGGCUAUUUUAAAGCUAUGGAGCCUUAUUAUUUCAUCAGAAAUGAGAAAACAAAGGGUCUGUUGAUUUCCUGGUUUAGCCCUUUGGAGACCUCCCCUCCGUAGGCCUUCUAGGGGGAGAGCCAUUUAACACCCAGGUAGCCUCAACAGAGCCUCGGAUUGCCUUUUCCUUUCAGCCCUCAAGGGUGACUGAGCACAACUUUUCUGGGAGAACACUGCGCCAGACCGGCCAAGGGGGAAGGAGGGAGGGUUAGGUUGACAGAUGUGACAUCAUUGCCUCUUUGCUGGGAGUAAAGAGGAGUCAAUCCCUGCUGUCUCAACCGUCUGUGUUGCUGUGGAACCUGUCGUCUUCUUGUCUUUAGUCUGCCCAGUCACACACUGACUGUUCUGAGAAGGCAGCAAAUGUUCUGUGUUCUUGACUGGUGCCGUAAGACCACACAGCUCCCAAGGGGAGGGACAACAGCCUUUGCCAUGCAGCUCUGCCAGUAACAGCUACCUGUGGGAAAGGCCAGAUGGACCAAAGGCCUUGGAGAAGAGGGCUCGCAGGCCUCCCAACCCUGAGACCUCAGCUAUACUGCAUUAAUAUCAGACACUGUGGAAAGAAAUCAAAUCGUAAAAAAAGUCAAAAGAAAUCUGCCUUCUGAGCAUUCCACCACCCACUGUGUCCCCAGAUGAGACCAUUGCACCUUGACCUGGGAGCACAGGAGAAGAGGGAGUGGGUGGCUAUUUCUGACACCCUGUGCCCUGGCCUCUAGCAACACAGCCGCUUACACUUUGUCCCCAACAGGCUUCUCCAGCCUCUGCCCAGCCCUGGCCUAGGACAGGGAUGAACUUUCUGUUUAAUUUCUAAGACAGAGAGAAUGGCCCCAGGGUUUGAAAAUGAAGCCUGUUUCCACCCUUAUUCACACGUGCUAAUGAUGGAGUUACAUGUUUGUUCUUGGUGUGUGUGUGUGUGUGUGUGUGUGUGUGUGCAUUCUCAAAGAAAAUCCUCUGGUUUAAACUAAAGUGACUCUUGAGAGAGGAAACAUUUCAAAGAAAAUACAUUAUGAUUUGUCUGUGUAUUGUAACAACAUAAAUAAAUUCACAUCAUUGAACAGUC